AAAUGGUGCAGGAUCAAAUUUUGUUCAUCAACCCAUGCAUUCAGGAGAAUCCAAGUCCUUAAAUCACAAAUUAACUAUAAAUUGUACACAGUAUGGUAUGCACAGCAAUUCAGCGAACUACGAGCAAAAUAAAGACCUAGGUUUAGGAUUCAAUAAUAAACUAAUCAAAUAUCAGCAACAGGACAAUGGCAAUCCAAUCGAGCUUUAUGAAGGAUCAUCAAAACAUUUCGGUCACAUGACAGAAGAAAAUUUUGUAGAAGUCCGUGACAAGAAUAGUGCAAUAAACAAACAAAGUCACGAACAAUUUGGUCAAUCGUCUGAAGAACAUAAAUCAAGCUACGGUUACCAAGCUCAUAGUUCCGAAACAGGAUAUGGAAAUCAUGAUAAUUCUGAAGGAUCCGCUAAAUAUGAACUUGCAGAUUAUUAUUUCAAGUAGUCUUUUUGUAGUAAC